AACCUAUCGAUAAUUUAAUGUAAAAAUCGAAAUGUUUGUGCAGUAUAAGUAAAUAAGUAAGUUAUGACCCUGUUCCAAUAUCGGAUUGGGUGCGGAGUGAAAUAAUCAUGAAAGAGCUCAAUAUAUUUUCAUGUUUCUGUUAUAUCGACAAUUCUACAGAAACGGUACGGUUAAUAUUAUAGAUGGACAGCAAAAGGCAAACCUUGGAAUUAUCAACAAUUCAUAGAGAAUAUAAUUCUUUCUUUCCCAAGUGUGACUUACAUGUACUGACUCAUUCACCUCGUACUCUGAUUUCAAUAACUAAUAAUUCCGAUGAUAUUUAUGCUCGAAUAUUGAAUAAGAAAGAAAAUGUAUCAAAAGUUAUUGAUAAUAAUUAUAAUUACAUAACCAUUGAAACUGAAGAAGAUCAGAUACUACAUAUUCUGGUCAGUUUGUCGGGAUGGUAUAAAUUGGAGACUCAAGAAACUGAGACUCAAGAAACUGAGACUCAAACUCAAACUCAAAUUCAAACAGUUCAGCAAACUCAAAAAUAUUAUGAAACAUUUGAAGCAUUAAUGAAUUCUUUAUCUCCACGCUUUCAAACGAGAUUUGGUAACGUAUUAUCAGACAAAUUAAGUUCACUAUUGGAACAAAAACUACAAGAUGAUUACGAGUAUAGUAAUAAUGAUGAAUGACCUAUGUAUAAUAGUGUAUAUUAUGAAAUUUAUGUACAU